CUUUUUGACUAAACGAGAGAUUUGAGUUGCACAAUUAACCAAUUGACUUGAACAAUACAAGUAACCCGCGGGACUGCCACCCUUAGUUGUUAGUAUUACAGCCUUGGAGCCAUGUGGGAGACCACCCGCUCGCUCACCCUUACGCUGCUUCCUCCUACCACUACGACCUUCUCAUAUUUCUGUCGCCCCAACCUUCAUUUCCCCCCGAAUUACACAAAACCUUCCACCACUUUUCGCUGUCUUCCUUCAGCAGUUAAGGCUGCCAAUUUUGGCCCCACAAGUUGGGUAGCUCUCCGUCCGAAAUGCUCACCCGUAAGAGCCAGUGGCCAACCCCAACAGAUGGGUGGGACUGGAAGCAAAGGGACGAAUGGAUUGAGUUUGGUGCAACCCAUUUUGAGGUUUGCUGGGAACAAUCUUUUACCCUUGGCUCUGGUCUCUGCGGUGGGAUUAGGAUUAGCAUAUCCCAGUCUUGGUUGUGCUGCUGAUAAAUACAAUUUGUCAAAACUUGGGCCAUUUGGAAUUUUUAUUAUCUCAGGAUUGAUGUUGCGCAGUGAGGAAAUCAGUGCAGCUGUAGAAGCAUUCCCUGUUGGGCUGUUUGGGAUAGUAUCUAUUUUAUUUCUCACACCAUACUUUUCCCGGAUAAUAUUGCAUAUUCAGCUCCAACCCCAAGAAUUUAUUACAGGAUUGGCCAUGUUUAAUUGUAUGCCAACCACAUUAUCAAGUGGUGUUGCACUUACCCAGCUUGCUGGGGGAAAUUCUGCACUGGCUCUUGCAAUGACAGUAAUAUCUAACAUGUUAGGGAUUUUCAUUGUUCCGUUGUCCCUCAAAAAAUUUGUAGCUGAUGGAGUUGGAAUGACCUUACCGACUCAACAGUUAUUUAAAAGUCUCGUGCUGACUAUAUUAAUCCCCCUUCUUUUGGGAAAGGUUCUACGUGAAUCUUUUAAAGAUGUGGCUAACUUCGUUGACAGAAACCGUAAGCUUUUCUCAGGAAUCAGUGCUCUUUUCCUUAGUCUAGUACCUUGGACUCAAGUUAGCAAGUCAAAGUCACUAUUAUUAACGGUGAAGCCUACAGUAUUUCUUGUGGCUAUUGGAUUGGGAACACUUCUUCAUCUGACCUUGCUGAUAUUCAAUAUUAUAGCUGUCUCGGCCCUUUCAGCUAUCUCUGGGGGUAGAAAAUCGACAUUUUCGCGCAAGGAAAAUGCCAGUGCACUCAUACUUGUUGCAAGCCAGAAAACAUUACCUGUAAUGGUGGCAGUGAUACAGCCACUUGGUAAUGCAUUUGGAGAACCUGGGUUACUUGUUCUUCCUUGUGUUGCAGCACAUCUAAACCAGAUUAUACUGGACUCUUUUCUUGUUAACUUCUUGCGUCCCAAAGACCGUUACAAUGAUACGAAGGUGGCCUAAACAAAUGAACUGGUAGCCAUCAUUAUGCAUUGGCAUAUUGUGAAACACGUCAAGCUGCAUCUACAGAAAGCUUAAUUUAAAGGAAGUUUGAAUGCUUUCCGUUCCACUUUUUGCAGUUUUAGGAGUGACGAUGUUUAUGCUUGUUUCCAAAGGAUUUUCGUUAGUUAUACUCUGCUGUCUCAGUCUGAAAAUAAAUGUCGACUAUUCAAGUUUUAUGUACCAAAUCUCUAAUUUAUGUACCCAAUAAUUGUGUACUUAUAUCCAAUAUUGUGUCUCUAAUAAGCAUAGAAAGAGAUUUGUAAAAAGGAAUGGUUUUGAGAAUCAGAUUGAGCCGGUCGGUUCGAUCUGGUUAAUUGGAAACUAGAAAUCAAAUUGGUUUGGGUGAAGGUAAA